CGAAGCCUCCCCUCGUCACAACGAAGCCUGAGAAAUCACCGCAUACGCACAGCAGCAGCACAGAGAUCAGAGCGCGCGCUUAAGCACGCCCACGCAGCUCGCCAUGGCCCGCCGCACAGCCUUCGCUCUCGCCCUGCUGCUCCUCGUCGCCGUGGCCGUCGCGCCGCUGGCCAAGGCCAAGAAGUCCGCCAAGACGGAGGAGAAGGCCGCCGACGCCCCUGAAGCUGACGCACCGGCCGCGGACGCGCCCGCUGAGGGUCCAUCGGAUGGACCGGCGGGCGCCCCCGGCCCCGCUGAGGGCAUCUCCGGCCUCUCGGACGAUGACGACAACGACGACUGAAGUGUCCUUCUGGAACGACCCCUUCGACGUGGAGCAGACAGACGCCAGAUCCACCGGAUGGCCGGGGUUUUCAGUUGAUUUGGAGACGAUAAUAGGAUGGUUGUUCUGAAUUUGUGUUCUUUUUUCUGUCUUUUGAUUGUUCCGAGUUGUGUCAUUUAUCGUGUUUCUUACUAGUUCGUAUCAUAUGUAAUAAUAAUAUUAUUAUUAAUCAUGAUUUCCAUGUAUCUAUAA